CAUUUGGUCCUUGACGAGCCAGAUUGUGUUUUUUAAUAAAUAAAUUAAAAAAAGUGCAAGUGAAGUGAAAUUAAAAUACAAUAUAAAAAUUUCAUAAUAAGUGAACUGACUCAUAAGUGAACGGUACUCAUAAGUGAACAAUAAAAAUUGAACAACAAAAAGAAACCAAAGCAAACAGUGAGUGAACAAUAAAUCAAAAAAUGAAAAUACAUUCAACAAAAGUGUUAUAACAAAAAACAAAGUGGAAAAAAAAGACAUCCAAAAAAGAACAAAAAAUAAGUGUUUCAACAAAACAGUAGACCCUGGCAAAACACACACACAUGCAUACGAAUACAGAACAGUGAUCAGUGGAAAGCAAUAGUGAUAAAGCAACAAUAUACGAAUGAGAGACCAGUGGAAAAAUUAAAAAGAAAAAAAAAAGUAAACCACAGUGGGUCCAAACAGAAAAAAAUAUUUAAAAUUUAUUAAUUUUAUAAUUAAAAAAAAUUAUAAUAAUAAUAAAAAUAGUGAAUAAUAAAUUUAUUAUAUCCACAGAAAAAUAACAAGCAGCAAGCAAAACGACAAUUAAAAAGACACAACGGUUCGGGUAUAACAAACAAAAACCAACAAAACAACCCAGACUCAACAGAAGGAAGAAGAAGAACCGAGGGGUAACACAACACAUUCCCAACUUUACAAAGAGAGGCAAAAUGGCAGCAUAUUUACCAGUCCAGAAUUGGAGAGACGAAGAGAGCCCAAGACGCCCUGAAAGGAGAGAAUCCCGUCGCUUAAUUGCAGAAAGAAGCCCGCAACGCCCCGACCGCAACCCACAUCCACCAGAAGCCCACCCAGCCCGCGAACCAGCACCAGUACCCAAUAGAAGCAACCCAGCCCGACACUUCGAACGCCGCCCGAGUCCUGAUCGCAGUCACCGUAGCCGUUCUGAAAAUAGACCAGCCCCCAGAGCUAGAGGAGCACGGCCAGGCCAUUGGCAAUACUCCUGCGGACUGUGUCAGCAGGACCAUGCUCUGAGCUCGUGCCAGCGGUUUAAAGACCAAACUCCGUAUCAGAGAUACGAAACCACUGAGCGGCGGGGAUACUGUCGAAACUGUCUGGCACGAUCGCAUUUGGCCCCCGAUUGUCCAUGCAUUACGGGUUGCCGACGAUGCGAUUAUAGACACCACACCAUGCUACAUGGGGCGCCACAGCUCGAGGAUAGCCUACAGCCCGCUCAAAUAAACGAGCCGCCUUUUUCGUGGGAUCUCGUCUUUGUACCCACUGUCAUGCUGCGAGUUACCACCGAAGAUAUAGACACCCACUAUACGAUACGGGCGUUGCUGAGUAAGUCAGCUGUAAUGUCCCGCAUAGGGUACUCUACCUUCCAACGGAUGGGUCUGAGGUCAUUUUUAUACCAAGAUCGUCGAUUUACGACCUUCAAAAUAAUGAGCCGGCGAUCUAAUUCAACAUGGGCGCUGAAGGUCAAUGCUCUUGUGACAGAUGAGCUGCCGAGACGAAUUUAUUCAGACCCCAUACUAGAUGACCCAACCUCAUAUUUUGCAGAGCAAGCACUUGCGGACCCAGACCCUAGAAGCAAUGUACCCAUAGACUUGGAAUUAGGCGCAGACACGUAUUCUGCCAUAAGAAAAGAUGGAUGUACCGCGGCUGGAGUGGGUGAUGUUCAGGCGUACAACACUAACCUGGGAUAUGUCUUCGCUGGACCAAUUAGGAACAUGCCAUCGAUGUGAAAAGACGCAUAUUAGCACGGAGUCAUGGGGGCGGAGAAUGUAUGGUCAGUGACCAUACUUUUGGUCGCUACUGUGCGUUUGAAUUUUAAAUUUUUCGGCUAGCGGUACACAAUAUGUACAUUGGUGCAUAUUAACAAAUACAUGCAUACGUGCUGCCGCUAGCCAAGCACUUUCCAAUAAAUCCUGGAAUAUUCAACAGCUCUGGCAGCCCAAAGCAGAAUAUUCCCGGACAGUUGGUCAACCAUCUUGAGAGCGACAACAUAAAAAUCAUCGAGUGCCCCGUGAAGCGACAAGUGCCCGCGAAAAUCAUCGACAAGUGCCCAGUGAAGAAAGAAGUGACAUUUUAUUUUAUUUU